UGUUUAUAUUCCAUAUACUUUCGUUCUUCCAUUACAGUCCAAAGACGUCACGAUGUCCAAAACUGUAGUCAUCCUCGGAGCAGGCUGGGCGGGCCUCCCUCUUGCACACAAGCUGUUGAAGUACACCGUUCCCAAACUUUCCUCUGGCCUCAAGGUGAUUUUGGUAUCGCCCAACAGUCACUUCUUCUGGAAUGUCGCCGCCACCCGUGGGUUGAUCCCCGACGAAAUCCCCGACGACCAGCUCUUCCUGCCAAUCAAGCCAGCGUUCGAUCAGUAUUCAGCCAAGAACUUUGAGUUUGUCCUUGGCACAGCGGAUGGCAUCGAUACGACAGCGAGCACAGUUAAUAUCGAGUUGAAUGGAGGAGCCCAGCGCACCAUCUCUUACGAUCAUCUCAUCGUUGCGACAGGGUCGCGUCUGACUAGCAACCUCCCCCUCAAGCCCAUCGGAAGCCAUGAAACGACAAUUGCUGCGUGGACCGACUUGAAGAGGCAAGUCCAAAGUUCAAAGUCAAUCCUCAUUGCAGGCGCUGGGGCAACAGGCGUUGAAGUCGCAGGCGAGUUGGCGGCGAAAUACGGCACUGCAAAGGAAAUCACGCUCUUGAUUAGUGGCCAAAAGCCGCUGGAGGGCGCCCUACCCGCAGUCAGCGGUAUUCUCGAGAAGGACUUGAAGCGGCUUGGUGUCAAGCUCAUCUACCAAGCCCGCGUUACAGAGGCGAGAGAAGCUUCUGGUGGCAAGCAGACAGAAGUCACAGUGUCGAAUGGCUCUACCAUUGUUACAGACUUGUAUUUGCCUCUUUACGGCGUCCGAACCAAUACGUCAUUCGUCCCGAGCGCUUUGUUGGACUCGGAUGGCAACGUUAAGCAGGAUGAGAAUAUGCGAGCGGUUGGCACAGAGAACAUCUGGGGCAUCGGAGAUGUGGGAAACAUUGAACCCAAGCAGCUCACGGUGACGGAUAACCAAAUCAUUUAUCUGGCAACGGCACUCGAUGCGGCACUGACAGGCUCAACUGUGCCUAGCCCUUACCAACCAAUGAACAAGAAGAUGAUCUUUCUCUCGCUUGGCAGAAAGAUGGCGACUGGUCAAAUUGGAAACUGGAAAUUAUUCGGGUUCAUGGUUUCUUACGUCAAGGGGAGAAAGCUGUUUGUUGAUACGGCAGAGGGGUAUGUUGGAGGGAAGCAUUUGCGACAUGCAGCAAUGUAGGGUGAAGGACGACACGGUCCCUUUACGGAUCGGUUGGAAUUGAUAGGCUGCCCAGAAACUCGGAGCCAAAUUCCUAUACCUUGCUCAGCUUCAUUCAGACAGAUAAAUAUAAUUUAAUACACAAUAUUCUUUCUAAAUGCC